AUGUAUGCAAACAUUAUUGCCUUGUUAGCUAUACUAACGCCAGUCGCGGCGAUAUACCCCUAUUUUGAUACUCAGGACUUCAUUUAUAACGUUCCUAAAGUGUAUAGGAUAUCAAUCACGUUGGACAAGUUGCUGGAAUAUUAUGAGAAAAAGCCUUCGAAAGACCCGGAAUGGUACAUCGCUUUGGGGCUUGCCAGAGGGCAGCUGGAGUACACAAUAAACGAGCUAGACAAGGCGGUGCCGCCAAAGUUGAAGGAGAAUCUGCAGAAUCUGACGCGGCGCAUGGACCGUAUCAAAAAUAACACUGACCUUUCGAAGUUCGUGUUUCGCAGCAAGGAUUAUCAAUAUGUUGCUAAGGCAAUAAUGGAGAAUAUGGAAGUACUGGCAGCCAUGCUGGAACCGAUCACUCUGGGUACGAUGGGCACCCAAAAGCCCUACCGGUUUGAAUUCGAACAGUACGUGCAAGAGGCCAGGACCAAGAUGCCCAGUCGAAAAGCCGCCGACGCGUGUACAAUGCAGCUAUUAAUAUCAGCUAUGGAAGUACAAACGACACAAUCAGAUGGGGCCUGCGAGCUGUCACCAGAAUGCACUAUGCAAAUCAUGAAGGGCUCAGGACUUGCUCAUCAACAGACCAGUCGCCUCCGCGCAGCCAUGUUGGCGAGGAUCUUCGAAUGCAUGGACAAUGUAGAUAUAAACGCACAUAUUUACAAGCUGUGCAUACAGAUCUAUAAAGAAACGAAAUCUUUGGAGAAUUGGAAUCAUCCUGCUGGUACUAACACCUUGUUUAUGCAGCAAAUUAACUAUUGUGCGUCUCAAGGCUAUGGCGAGUUUAUCAAGCCCCGUUGGAUGAACAAGAUCUUAUCCUGGCAGGAGCCCAAAGGGUGCUAUGCAGACGACAGGCAGCCUUUUCUCAAGUUAACCGGUUUCAUUAGCUCAGCGUCGAAUCCGAGCUCAGCUGACCGAGAGGAGGAGUAUCGUGUGAAGAAAGUAGCAACGUCAGAGGGCGGUACGUGCAAUUCCCUGACCUCUGCAAUGGCGCUAGGCUCCUUGGUGAUGUACGUGAGGGCUCUUCUGGAGACAGACCAGGCCUUUCAAUAUGACAUACUUGAUUAAUAUAGUUUGUAUUGCACUUACACAGGAACUAAUGUUAACAUUGUAUUGAUUUGUGCUUGUGUGAAUAAAUGUUGAAACAA